AUGACGUCGGGAAAAGACGUCCGGAUGACGUCGGGAAAAGACGUCCGGAUGACGUCGGGAAAAGACGUCCGGAUGACGUCAGGGAAACACGUCUGGAUGACGUCGGGAAAACACGUCCGGAUGACGUCGGGAAAACACAUCCGGAUGACGUUGGGAAAAGACGUCCUGAGGUCCAACUACGAUAAAGGGGAUUCGGUAAAGGCCUUCAACGAAGACGCCCUGUCCUUCCAUCCUUCCAUUCCCAGGAGGGGGGGCAAAGCGAGCGCUUUCUCCUGGAUUGCUUUUCUCAUCUCAUCGACUGUAGAUUAUCUUCAUUCCCUCACUCCAGAGGUCUGGCUCCAGUCUCGUUCUCGCUCAGGUCUAGCGACGGGCCCCCUCUCGAGGCAGGGCCGUUUGGCUGACGAGGCUCAGGGCUUGUCGCCUUCGGCCCUGUUGAGGGCUCACUCCACUCGCGGGGUUGCCGCUUCGUCCAACGGAACUCACAUCAUGUACAAGAACACAGUGUGGAUCGAGAGUGUGAACAACACGGGGAACGUCAUCACUCGAGAUAAGACCAUCAAUGUGGAGUUCUCUUGUGCAUACGAGCUGGACCUCAAGAUCUCCCUGGAGACCGUCCUCAAGCCUAUGCUCAGUGUGAUCAACCUGACGCUGCCCACCCAGGAGGGGAACUUCAUCACAAAAAUGGCACUAUACAAGAACGGCUCGUACCGACACCCUUACCGCGAGGGCGAGGUGGUCCUGAGCACGCGGGAUGUCCUGUACGUGGGUGUCUUUGUGGAAGGAGCUGAUGAGAACCAGCUGAUUCUCAUUGUCAAUAUGUGCUGGGCCACUCCUUCACGCUUCAGUGGUGACCGCCUGCGUUACAUCAUCAUCGAGAGAGGGUGUCCGAACACAAAAGACAGCACGAUUGGCAUGGCAGAAAACGGCGUGGGGCUGACGUGUCGCUUCCAUGUGACAGUUUUUAAGUUCAUUGGAGACUACGAUGAGGUGCACCUCCACUGUGAUGUCACGCUGUGUGACUCCGACACCAAUGCCUGCAAAGUGAACUGUCCACACAAGCAGAGGAUGUACUCAGAGGACACUGAUCAUAAAGAGCACAUCCUGUCAGUAGGGCCCAUACGCCGCAGAGCGGCAGACUGGUGUGCUGAGGCUAAUGGAGGAUGUGAGCAGAUCUGCAGCAGUAAGAGCGUUGGUCCUGUGUGCAGCUGUGUGACCGGUAUGCUGCAACAGGACGGCAAAUCCUGCCGCGCGGUGAACAGCCAGAAUGCUCCCUCUCCACUGGCCCCUCUGCUGAGUACCGGCACAGCCCUGUCCCUGCUCCACAGCCUGGCCCUUCUCUCCUAA